AUGUGUAAUUUACUUUAUGAAAUAACCAAUUCCGAAGCCGACGAAAAAUACCAGUGGAAAAAAGUGCCAAAAAAUCCUUCAUUAAAACGCUCGAAAAAUUUCUUGGUGAAAUUUACAAAACAACCGAUUGAAACAUUGUGUAUUCGAUCUCAUAACAAUACAGUUUAUCUUGGUACUAAACCAAUCACUUCCAUAACGCUUAUCACCAUUGAUCAAUGUCAUGACACUUGUCUCGAACUGUAUCCGUAUUGUGUAGCCGUGAUAUUCUAUAAAAUAAUCACUCCAUUAUGUUAUCUGUUCAACAAAAGCAGCAUUUAUAGAGAUGUUGUAUUAUAUCCUGAAAAACCAUUAGCUGAGCAUGAUGUCAUUAAUACUAUUGAAAUUGUUGCUAACUGUCAUGAAUUUAAUGCUGUACCACCACUUGCGGAUACUUUUACGGCAUCAUCGGAUAAAGUUUCUCGAAUUAAACGAGCAACAAACUUUGGUAAUCGUAUCAAACGCAUGGGAUUGUGGUCCCAAUGGACAAAAUGUCGCAAUGGAUAUCAAAUCCGUUCACAACCAUGUGAAUAUGGUCGACUGAUUCAGAAACGUCAAUGUUCCAAAAAAUCAUCCACUGAAAUACCAUUUUUCGUACAUCCAUCAUCAUUUUUACCGUAUCCACCACAACCAUAUGAACAUCCUAAUAAUAAAUCACCGGAAUAUGAGCGUCGAUUAUCCGAGCAUAUGAAACAACUACACCGAUUGCGACAGAACUGUUGUGAACGGCAAGAAUGGUAUCGUAAACACGUACGUGUUGGCAAAGAUUAUAUAGACUUCUGUGGUCAUUCCUGCCCACCAUCCAGUUUACUGGAUGUUGAACAAGAUCCGGAACAACUACUACAUAACGAAAAGCAGCAACAAAGUGUCUUUUCAGAAGAGCCCAUAAGUCGGAUUCAAGAGUACAGAAAAGGACAGUCUGAUGAAAUUGUGAUGUUAUCCGCUCCGGUCUCAUUAUUACCUGAUUAUGAAAGUGAAUGGAAAAAUGAACAACAACAAUCGUCUAUAAAAAUGCAUCUACCGAAUCUGAAUGGUGAAGUCAGCUCAGAUUUACCUCAAGAAGUUCAAACAGCAACCGGAAAUCAUGAAGGAACUGAAACAAUGAAUUAUAUCAGAACAUAUGAAGAAUAUUUUCAUAACUUGCAACCCCAACUGGGUCAGACUAUCGACGAAACCAGAAAACCUACUUUACCUAAUGAUAAGAAAGAACAGGCACACCGGCUAAGUAACUCUCAGGAAUACCACGGACAUGAAGAUCAUGAUGAUCACUACCAACAAUACUCUCAGCAAGAUGAAUUCAUGAACGAUCGUGACGGCAUUAUUCAAGAAGAUUAUUAUCCAGAGCAUAACAAAAAUAAACAACCAAUCAAUCCCGAAAAUGAUAAUACAAAAGAAGGCGAAUUUGAUGGAACUGACUACGGGUAUGACUAUGACAGUCAAGAAAGAACUGCAGUCACUACUUACGAGGAACAAGGCUCUCCUUCAGAAAUAACCAAUAAACAGUUCUCGCAUCAAAAUUACCCUUAUGAUAGCCGCACUGAGACGUUUUCAUCAACAUUAGUACCACAUGUGCAUUUUAAUCAACAACCGAAUCUAAUCCAAAGCAUGAACGAGCGACAUAACUUUACUGACCUCCCACUACAAGAACGACCGCAACAUUUAGGUGCACCAUCUGAAAACUUUUAUCACCAAAAACAACAGUUUCCCGAAUCCCUACCUGAGGAUUUCAAUCACGAGCAACAAAUUUACUCACAGUCCUCCGGAUCCGAACUAGAUGAAUACUAUCGUCGACAGCAGCUUGAAUCCACAGUUUCUCCUGAAGAGUAUCAUCGUCAACAACAAGCACAUCCACAGCCUUCCGGAUCCGAACUAGAUGAAUACUAUCGUCAACAUCAACUUCAAUCCACAAUUUUUCCUGAAGAAUAUGCUCGUGAACAUCCACAGCCUUCCGGACCCGAACUAGAUGAAUACUAUCGUCGACAGCAACUUCAAUCCACAAUUUCUCCUGAAGAGUAUCAUCGUCAACAACAAGCACAUCCACAGCCUUCCGCAUCCGAACUAGAUGAAUACUAUCGCCAACAGCAACUUCAAUCCACAAUUUCUCCUGAAGAGUAUCAUCGUCAACAACAAGCACAUCCACAGCCUUCCGGAUCCGAACUAGAUGAAUACUAUCGUCGACAGCAACUUGAAUCCACAGUUUCUCCUGAAGAGUAUCAUCGUCAACAACAAGCACAUCCACAGCCUUCCGCAUCCGAACUAGAUGAAUACUAUCGCCAACAGCAACUUCAAUCCACAAUUUCUCCUGAAGAGUAUCAUCGUCAACAACAAGCACAUCCACAGCCUUCCGGAUCCGAACUAGAUGAAUACUAUCGUCGACAGCAACUUGAAUCCACAGUUUCUCCUGAAGAGUAUCAUCGUCAACAACAAGCACAUCCACAGCCUUCCGGAUCCGAACUAGAUGAAUACUAUCGCCGACAGCAACUUCAAUCCACAAUUUCUCCUGAAGAAUAUGCUCGUGAACAUCCACAGCCUUCCGGAUCCGAACUAGAUGAAUACUAUCGUCAACAGCAACUUCAAUCCACAAUUUUUCCUGAAGAAUAUGCUCGUGAACAUCCACAGCCUUCCGGACCCGAACUAGAUGAAUACUAUCGUCGACAGCAACUUCAAUCCACAAUUUCUCCUGAAGAGUAUCAUCGUCAACAACAAGCACAUCCACAGCCUUCCGGAUCCGAACUAGAUGAAUACUAUCGCCAACAGCAGCUUCAAUCCACAAUUUCUCCUGAAGAGUAUCAUCGUCAACAACAAGCACAUCCACAGCCUUCCGGAUCCGAACUAGAUGAAUACUAUCGUCGACAGCAACUUGAAUCCACAGUUUCUCCUGAAGAGUAUCAUCGUCAACAACAAGCACAUCCACAGCCUUCCGGAUCCGAACUAGAUGAAUACUAUCGCCGACAGCAACUUCAAUCCACAAUUUCUCCUGAAGAAUAUGCUCGUGAACAUCCACAGCCUUCCGGAUCCGAACUAGAUGAAUACUAUCGUCGACAGCAACUUGAAUCCACAGUUUCUCCUGAAGACUAUCAUCGUCAACAACAAGCACAUCCACAGCCUUCCGGAUCCGAACUAGAUGAAUACUAUCGUCGACAGCAACUUGAAUCCACAGUUUCUCCUGAAGAGUAUCAUCGUCAACAACAAGCACAUCCACAGCCUUCCGGAUCCGAACUAGAUGAAUACUAUCGCCGACAGCAACUUCAAUCCACAAUUUCUCCUAAAGAAUAUGCUCGUGAACAUCCACAGCCUUCCGGAUCCGAACUAGAUGAAUACUAUCGUCGACAGCAACUUGAAUCCACAGUUUCUCCUGAAGACUAUCAUCGUCAACAACAAGCACAUCCACAGCCUUCCGGAUCCGAACUAGAUGAAUACUAUCGUCGACAGCAACUUGAAUCCACAGUUUCUCCUGAAGAGUAUCAUCGUCAACAACAAGCACAUCCACAGCCUUCCGGAUCCGAACUAGAUGAAUACUAUCGCCGACAGCAACUUCAAUCCACAAUUUCUCCUGAAGAAUACCGUCAUGAGCAACCACAGCUUUCCGGAUCUGAACUCGAUGAAUACUACCGUUCACAGCAGCACUACAGUGGAAAAGGCCGUCAGGAUAGUUUGGAAGCGCGACAUUACCCCGAUAGUAGCAGGGAUCUAAUCCAUGAACAACAACAAUCUUCAUAUGUUCAAGGAUGGAAUUUAUGGACAACUUGGUCGAUCUGUCCUGUUACGUGCGGUGAUAGCGUACAAAUAAGACGUCGAACAUGUUUAAGUCGAACCGGAAUUAAUUGUCUUGGUGAAAUAACUCAACAACGACCAUGUUAUUUUAGGCCAUGCGAUAUGUGGACAGAUUGGAAUGAUAAUUGCGGCAGUUGUGCAAAUCAUUAA